UCUGCUCAGUUAUGUGGUGACACUGAAGUCAACAUGGAAGUCCUAUCUGUUUAUUCUGUGUCUGUUGGCGAUGGCUACGUCUCAUCACCAUGGUUUCCUGGUAAUUACGUCCUUUCAAGUACUGAUACAUCCCAACCAGACAACCUCACCUCCAGUACUGAUGUCACUGCGUCAUCAGGGAUGCUCUUGAUUCGAAUCCUGGCUUUCGACCUAGCUCCUGGAGACACACUGAGUGUGGAGGUAGGAGGUAUGACCAUCAGCCCUAUAGAAUCUGGUGAAACCAUGCUGUCUGGGCUACCAGAUACGGCACUGGUUUUGACUGCGACGUUGACGAGGGCUGCGAACUCGGCUGGAGCAUCGGGAUACAUUAUCACAUUUACCAGUGAGUUAGCCUUUUAUUGCCGGGAAAAAAAUCAACGUUUGGAGUUUUUAACGCUUUGACAAAAAAAAAAAAAAUUCUUACUAGAUUUAUCGUUUUCCUUCAGUUAAUAUGAAGAAAGUGAUUUCUAAAGAUA